AUGCGGUUCAGGGCGAGUAUCCAGAACAUCCACACCUUCACCAAGUUUACUGCAUCUCUAGCCACACUUGGUCACAUCGCCUGGGUCAGAUUGGAUGAGAAAGAUGUCCGUUUUACAGUCAUUCCCGAACAAGGCACCCAAGUAUGGUCAGUUCUAUCAAUCGACACGAUAUUCGAGACGUACACAAUACAGUCAGCGGCGCCGGACAACACCAUCAAUCUCGAAGUCCCACUUGCACCUCUGCAGAGAGCGUUGAAAAGCGCCCAGAAUGCAGUUGCAGCCAACAUUCGCCUUACGAAAAAGGACAACAUUCCUCUACUUUCUGUCACUAUCACAACUCAGACGAUGAGCAGCAGCGCCCCGCCUGGCACCAACGGUCACGCGAGUUCCGACGAGCCUAACAGCACUGGCUUCGGGACUGGCGAAGAGUUUCGCGAAGAGAGCGUCGACUUCUUCGGGGCGAGACAAGAUCGAGAAACUCUUGUCACUCAAGACGUUCCUGUCAGGGUUCUCGCACCAGCUUCCGUUGAAGGCUUGCACGAACCUCGAUGUCGAGAGCCCGAUGUUCAUAUCGUGCUGCCGAAUUUAAUGCAACUCAAAGGCAUCAGUGACCGCUUCACCAAGCUCGCAAUGACGACCAAAGGUGCAUCAAAAAGUGGUUUUGGCAGCGCUGUUUCUGGGCCGAAGCUGGAGCUCAGUGGCAACAUGCACGGCUGUCUGCGACUCGUACUCAAUACCGAUGCCAUGCGCAUCAACAGUCUCUGGACAGGGCUCGAAAACCCCGAGCUAGACCCUUCGCAGGUCGUGGACGGAGAAGAAGGACUGGCAAACCACCCGAGCACACGAAUGAAGGCCGUGGGUGACUCUUCAGGGCAAAGCGAAGAAGGCUGGGCGACAGUCAGGGUCGAAGGCAGAGACUGGGGUCGCGUGCUCAGCGUGGGCAGGCUUGGUGGUAGGGUAAUUGCAUGCUUCUGCCACGAGCAUGCGCUGAUACUUUAUGUGUUCCUCAACGGCGACGAGCCAGGCGGAGGAGAUUCGGUGUUGACGUACUACAUAUCCUCGUAUGCGACGUAG